AUGUUCGGUUCCUCGCUGAACUACGGCGCAGGACCCUCGGGGACGAAUAAUGAGAAUAAUCAGAAUCCGACUGAUCCGUACCACCAGACUCCCUACGGACAGCAAUUGUUUCUGCAACAGCCCGUGCAGGUGUAUGCCCAGCAGGCGUACAAUGUCUUACCGCCGCCGAACGGAGCUCAACAAAUUCUCUCCGAACAUUUUGUGUUCGAUGAGAGUUUGCCGAAUCACUUGCAGCUGGGGUCCGGGAUCGAAGACCUCAAUGUCGCUGCUGGGAAGAAUGGCGCCCCGUCCAAGAAGAAUAGGAACGCCUCUGCCAAGUUGCUCGCCUGCGAAACCUGUACCAAAGAAUUCAGACAUCGCAGUACCUUGCGGAAACACAUAAUCACAGCGCAUCGCGAAGAUACGAGAUCACUUCCGAGCUUCUGGUGUAACGAGACCAACUGUGACUUCCAAUGUGAUUGCGUGGAUGCCCUGCUGAAACACCUCCGGGAAGGCCAUGGACGCCAAAUGGAGGCUUUAAAAAUGAGUUUCGCCUCAUUCAGCGAUUUCUACAGCUGGAAGAACCAUCUGGAAGAGAGCGAAAGAGUCAAAUUCCUCCUCUCGAAAGGAGAAAUCGUCGAAGGAGAGAACUCUACGGUAUUCCACUAUCAGUGUCACCGAGCUCAGGGUCUUACGGAACCCUCUUGCCGAGUGCCACCUCUGGACGUCAUGGAGAAAGCUUUACAAGAAAUCCUACCUCAGAAUAGAGAUGUCGGGAACGUCGCGCAUAGACUGGAAAUCGUUGACGAUGACGAAAUCGAAUCUACCGACAGUAGGAGAUCCAUUCGUCGUAUGCAAAACUCGUCACCUUGCGUAGCCCACAUGCGAGUGACAGUUUCGCAAACUUCGGGUAACGUGGAAGUAGCUGGCUGCCGUACGCAUUAUGGUCACGAGCUCGACAGAGUUCCGCGACCUCCGGAUUGUGUACUCGGAAAACUGCGACAGCAAAUGCAGAAGCUCUCCAGAACCGAGAUCGAGGCCCAGCUAUCCUCGUGGACCAAGCAUGAUUUGACCCAGACAACUUGGAAAAACUUGGAAAAUCAGUCACCUUCUACAUGUACCCUGUUCGCGCAAUUCCGCAGCCUUCUGAAACGCACAUAUGAGCACAUCGCUGUGAUAACAAGGACAAAUGGUCAGUAUUAUUGGAUGGACCCGAUGGAAUGCCUCGCUGAUUUAUUUCAAGCGGAGCAUAAAUUGAAAAAUAUCCGGGAGCGGAUGACGAGUAAAGUGAGAGCGGCCGGUUGUGCCCCCUUCGAGUCCAAUUCGGUCGGCAUGGAUCUGUGUUACUCGCUGUUGUCUUUCGCGAAUGAUCGUGACCAACUCAAAAAGCUCUUAAAGCAUGGACUCGACUACGCCGAUGACGCUCGAUCGACCGACGUGAGAUACUCGACGAAUUUCUCAUCGCUGGCGAACUCCACCGUGUACGACCCAUCUGUUGUCCUGUUCAAGUCAAUCCCAGGCGCUCUCUCGCUGCCGGAACUAUCAUUGGAUCGGCUUCGGGCGAGCAUGACGAAGAGGAACUCGCCGGUGAAAAAACAAAAAUAUGCGCGUCAGCUCGUCGGAUCCGAGGACGACUCGGAAUACGAUUGCUGGUCCGACGAUGAGAUCGUCGACGUUGUUCCCCGUCGUUGGCAGCCCGUCACAACCGCCAAACAGGGAACCCUGGAAGGGAGACGCAUCGAGAAGAACAUGAAGAGGAAGAUCGUUCCGGCUCUCGAUAUCAAGCCUGAGCUCCGAGAAAAAAUUCUCGCGAUGCGCAUAGAAAAAGACCGAGACAGUUUAGAAACCGAAGAGAUCGCCAGACCGAGGAGGACGGCAGCGCGCCAGGAGCAAAGACGGAAUCCCAGGAGGAAAGCGAAGAGAUCUCGACGCGCUCGAAGGGGAUCCCCUCCCGAAGACACUUCUGACGAUGGCUCCGACCCAGACAAGACGCCUCCACAGGAACCCGACGGAGAGGGAAGCCCUCCCGCGCAGGAGAUCGUCCUGCGGGAACUCCGCGUUGAAGGCCCAGCUGGCAAGCAGGCUCGGAAAGCGAGAGUGUUAGCGUCUGAAAACGACCAGGAAGUGUCGGCAAUCGUCAUUGAGCCACCGACCCCCCGGCCCGAGGUACCGCAAGAGGAACCGAAGGUGCUAUCCUUACUUAAGCCAAGCACAAGCUUACUCAUGAAACCAUCGAGCGGGCAGAGUCUUCUGAAAUCCGGAGCGAUUUCACUCCUGAAACCACGCUGUCCUCCGAAACCUCCUGAGCUCCGCGAGUGGAAAGCUGCUGCACGAGCAGUUCCACGGGAAGUUCACGACCGAACUUCCAUCGAUUUCGAUGAAGGUCCUCUUCAGACUCCGCAACCGCCGCGAAUCGAAGACUGA